AGGGGAGGAAAGCCCCUCAAACAGACCUCCAACCAGUUAGGAACAGAUGGGGUAGAGGCUGCGAGCGGUCGCACCCUCCCCCGCCCGGUCGGACACACGCGGUCCGCGGGCGGAGCCGGCCACAGCGAAGCGGCCAUGAGGGGAAGGAGAUCCGGCCGCCGGGUACUCGUCUCGAGCUCCCCUGCGACCGGAAAAAACACACACAGGACCGCCGAAGAUGAACUCUGCGGUCCCGGAGCUCGGGGAUCGAAGAAGGCAGAUGCAGUCAGCCUCCUGAAGUCCCCGAGCAGCGCACACAGACACAGCCAGACAUAA